CUUUCUAGGAAAAUAGUAAAAUAUUGUUAAGGAGAAAGUUGAGGGCUUUGUAUUCUUAUGGCUGUGUGAAUUCUCAAGCGAAGCCAAAGUCUUCUUUUUCACACCUUUCAAUCUCAAUACCAUGGAAGAAGAAUCUAGGGUUUGACAGCACCAAGUCCAACAAGGUCUGUGCUUUGGUGCUUUCCUUGCUUUUUCACUCUAAAUUUGAUUAAUUUCCUUUUCUGAAGUAGCUAUAUCCGGUUUAAUAUCUAUUUGGGUGUUUCUCUUCUCCAAUCCAUUUUCACCGACCCAGUUGGUUAUGAUCUUCUGGGUUUUCUUUGUUUUGGAAAAUUAAGCCUCUGAUGUGGUGAAAUUCCUGAAAUUUCAAUGAAAAACUCCAACUUGGGCGUUUGUUUGGUGAACAAUGGGAUUUUGACUCUCUGGGUGUUUGUUUUAUCACAUGUUGAUAGCUGGAUAUCUAUUAUUUGAGUAGUUAUUUGAGGUUUUGGGGUCUUUUAUUGCGUGCGUUGCUUAGGUUUUAGGGGGUUUGGGGAUUUAGGGGUUUUCUUUUGUUUUCCUCUUGUUUUGGUUGGGGUCAUUAUGGAGGCGGUUGAAGAAGCUAACAAAGCAGCUGUAGAGAGCUGCCAUAGAGUUCUAAGCCUUUUGUCUCAGCCUCAAGAUCAGGUUCAGUGUAAUUUAACGGUAGAGACUGGGGAUGCUGUGUUUAGGUUUAAGAAAGUUGUUUCUCUUCUCGACACUGGUUUGGGUCAUGCUAGAGUCCGAAAGCUCAAGAAACUCCAAAUCCCCUUUCCCCAAAGCAUUUUCUUGGAGAACCCAAAUUGUAGAGCAGAACAGCAAUCCAAAAAUAUUCAACUUCUUCAGUCUAGUUUUCCAGAAAACCCAACUCAAGAAAUAGGCUCAAACGUUAAGAGUACAUUGUGUUUGGGAAACUCAUCUUUGGAACUGAGCUCAAAUGGGAAAAGCCCUCUCCAACUUGCCGAGCAAACACCUUCAACACAUUAUCACUUCCUUCAGCAACAACAUCACCAACAGAGGUUAUUGCUUCAGCAGCAACAAAUGAAACACCAAGCGGAAAUGAUAUAUCGCAGGAGCAAUAGCGGCAUAAAUCUGAAUUUUGAUAGCUCUAGUUGUACUCCCACAAUGUCAUCCACUAGGUCUUUUAUUUCCUCCUUGAGUAUAGAUGGAAGCGUAACUAACUUGGAUGGAAGUGCUUUCCACUUGAUUGGGGCACCUCACUCUUCGGAUCAGAGUUCACAACAGCAUAAGAGAAAGUGUUCUGGCAGGGGAGACGAUGGAAGUGUGAAAUGUGGGAGCAGUGGUAGAUGUCACUGCUCAAAGAAGAGGAAACAUAGGGUUAAGAGAUCAAUCAAGGUAGCUGCAAUCAGUAACAAGCUUGCAGAUAUACCUCCUGAUGAUUACUCAUGGAGGAAAUAUGGGCAGAAGCCAAUCAAGGGUUCUCCUCACCCUAGGGGAUACUACAAAUGUAGCAGCAUGAGAGGUUGUCCUGCAAGGAAGCAUGUUGAGAGGUGCUUUGAGGAGCCUUCCAUGCUCAUUGUUACCUAUGAAGGUGAGCAUAACCACCCCAGGAUUCCAUCACAGUCAACGACUACAUGAACUGCAUGGAGAGCUUCAGCAAGGUCAAGCCCCGCUGUUCAAUUUUCUGGAACUUUUUGUAUGGUUGGCUUGGAAUGCUCUCUCCUGUACAUAUUUUGCAUCUUUCGACCAUGGAUGUAUACUUGGAGCAGUUUUUUUUUGGUUUUGGAGGGUUAGCUCCUAGCCUUUUUAGCUUAUCCGCAAGUGGGCAUGAAGCCCGGUGCUUAACUGAAGAAUUGUGUAGAAUUGGGGGUUUCAAAUUGUAAAACAUCUUUUUUUGCAAGCAAUGCUUUAAACAGUUAGGGUUUUCUAAA